GCGCGCACGCACUGGAAGUGAGUAUGGACACUGAAGAGCUUUCCUUCAGACAAGCGGAUUUAAAUCCUUAAAUCUACUUUUGUUUAUAAGAGAUACAGUUUAGCAGAAAUGUGAAAUGGAGUCGGAGGAGAGUAAGAUAUCAGUGUGGGUCUGCCGGGAGGAAAAGCUCGUCCUCGGCUUGUCAAAGCGCACGACUUGCGCAGAUGUUGUCAAAGUGCUUCUUGAAGACCAAAACUCCCAGCAAGGCCUUUGCGCAGCACAGUCCUAUUGCAUCGUGGAGAAAUGGAGAGGAUGCGAGAGGAUUUUGCCAAACAAAACUAGGAUUUUACGGCUUUGGCUUGCUUGGGGAGAGGAGCAGAGGAACGUUAAGUUUGUGCUGGUGAGAAGCGAGGCGUCUUUGGAGAACCACGGAGCCCGGAGCGCAGAGGCGCGCGUGGUGCUCAGCAAACAGAGUCCCUGUAAUAUGAAGGGAACCGCACGGUCUGCCGUGCGCUGGGUCUCACCUGAGAAACAACGUCGGAUAGUUAGGAAAGCUUUCAGAAAGUUGGAGAAGAUCAAUAAGAAGAGAGCGAAGGCAACGCACAGGGACGCGUCCUGUGCAGAGAAGAUGGAAACUUUGGUUCACUCUGUGGUUUCUCAGGAUCAUACAAUCCGGCAGCAGAUUCAGAGGAUUACAGAGCUGGACGCAGAGAUCGAAAAGUACGAGGCAAAGGUGCAUUUUGACAGAAUUAAAAGGCACGGGGCCAAUUACGUGCAGAACACGUACUUGGUGGAUGCCACUGCGGCUUCCAGCCAUGAAAUGGAAAGCCUGUCUUCCACUGACACUUCGGCCAAGCUUGAAAAGUAUGUCCGGUACUGUGAGGAGGUGGUUAGACUACAGGAUGAGCUGUGGGAGCAGGAAGCCCUUAUAGACAUCAUCACAGCGGAGAUCCAGGAUGAGCUGAACCAACGCUGGAUGGAGCGGAGGAAAGACGAGCUGCAACGCAGCGAUUUAGAGCCCGGAGAUGGCUCGCCAUUCCUUCCCAACACCGAGGUAGAAACAUCAGAAAACGAGCAGCUUUUGGAAGAAGAGAGGAUCAAAACGCAGCUAAAUGCCAGUUUAUACAUCGGUCUGCGCCUCAACACGGAUUUAGAAGCUAUUAGGAGCGAUUUAGAGCUGACCGAGCAGAUUUGCGGGGAGAGGGAGAGGGAGAUAAGGGAUUUGCUGGAGAAAGUGAACACUUUGGACAUAGAGGAAGGGACAGGCAAUAAGAAGAGAUCUAACCAUGGGGCAGACGUUAAGACGGGGAUGAUGAGCACUUUGGAGGGGGAAAGUGGGUGGGUGGUGCAAGCCAGGGGUUUGUCAAAAACUCAGAUUGUGAACGACGACGAUUCAGACACUGGCUUAAGUUCUUUGCACAGUCAGGAUUCAGACAGCCUCCCUGUGUGGGAAUCUCUAGUUUAAGAUUUUACUUGGGAAUGUGGCUUAUCUGUGUGUCCCUGAUUCCUGCAGUCUCAGGGAUCAUAAGUAAUCUGUCAUAAACAAUUAGGUAUGACAUUUCCACAUGGCUGGCUGGAUUUUUUCCACAUUCCAUACAUCCAUAUUCUUAUUUUUUGGGACACUUUCUUAAUC